AUGGCCUCGAUUGAGCAGAAGAUCAAGACAAUGCAGGAUUACUCUGCUUGUGAUGUAUCAGAUGCUCUCCUCAAAAUCCAGAAGCUCCCGGAAGGCGCUACACCACGAGCCGGCCAUCUCGCCGAUUUCACUAAUCCCGAAUCUCAAAAAGCCCCCUUCUCCCCUACCCUCGGCCGCAACACCACCUCCCCCAAAAUAAUCGCCCCCGCAAGAACCUUCAAAUUCAUCCCCAAAACAACCACCACCUUCCCCCCAGAAGUAGCCCGCCUAAUGUCCUCCCCCAAACACAACUUCCCCAGUAAUACCCACUGGGUCGACCACGCCGAACCCAACACAAUCGCCAUCAUCGACCAACCCCCGUCCCAGCACUGCGCUGUCCUGGGCGGUAUCAUGGCCGUGCGGAUGAAGUACCUCGGUGUGAAGGGUGCGGUUGUGAACGGGCGCGUUAGGGAUUUGGGUGAGAUUACGGGGUGUGGGUUGCCGGUUUGGGCGCAGGGGAUGUCGACGGUGGGGAGUGGGGCGGAGGCGAAGCCGGGGUUGAGGAAUGUGCCGGUUGAUGUUGGGGGUGUUACUGUGAGCCCGGGUGACAUUGUCUUUUGUGAUCCGUUGGAAGGGGUUGUGGCUAUUCCGCGUGGGUUGUUGGAUCAGGUGUUGGAGGUUAUGCCAAAGUUGGUUGCUAUGGAUGAUAAGGUUAAAGAGGCGGUGUUGCAGGGAGAGACGGUUAAUGAUGCUUUCAAGAAGUUUAGGACCAAGCUUUAG